AUCACGGCUAAAUGUAAUGUAUUUUUCAAGAUGGCGGAAUAUGGGAAGUUUACCACCGAGCAAAUUAUAAUGAACAUUUCUGUUGGAUGUAACGUAUCAUUAAGAAAAGUCUUUUGAAGAAAAAACGGCAUUUUUAAAAUAUACUAAGUAUACCCGGAUUGUAAAUUUGACAUGGAAUCACUAAAAUUAACACCCCAAGAACAAACAUUUUAUGGAGAGUGUUUUCAAACUUGUGAUGUGGAUGGAAAUGCAAGAAUUAGCAACAGUAGAGCAUCAAACUUAUUUAUGUCUUCAGGCCUCGGCCCCGAGGUGCUUCUUCAGAUAUCAGAACUCUGUGGAGCCAAGAGACUUGGACAUUUCGGCCGGAGUCAGUUUUACAUCGCCCUGAAGCUUAUCGCUGCUGUUCAAAAUGGCUACCCACCAAAACUGGACAGUCUAAAUACAGGGACAGACAUGCCAUUACCAAAAUUCACCAGGACAACUGACCAAGAGAAGAGAUUACACAAUGCAGUACCAGGUCAAGAUGGAGAAAGACACUCACAACAGACAAUUCCAAACCAGCAAGCAGUGGGACAGCUACCACCACCUCCCGCCUCUAAGAAAUCCCACAUGCGGUCCCAGUCGGGGCAAUUCAGAGGAGUGGUGGACCGAGACCAGGGGCCACCCAAUCCUCCCGUGAUAUCACAGACAGGCACCACCCAUCAGGCAUUAAACAGUGAGGAGUCAACAAGUGUUACUACAUCCCCCAGACAAUUUAUCUCCCCUCCCCAAUCCCCUCCCUCCUCUCCACCAGUCACAAACAACAUCCAAUCAGCUACCAGCAUUCCCUCAGCCAGUCAGAACAGUUUACAUGGUCAUGUGGCCUCCCCAGUAGCCAAUCAAAUCCAGGGAGCACAAGUGAUGAAUUCCUUACAGACAGGUGCUCCUACUGUGAUAACAGGAACUGCCCCCACCAACAUUCACACAGGACACCACCAACACCACCAUAAAAUCAGUUCCAACUCCACACAUGAACACCUGGAGGGGUGGGCUUCUUUUGAAGAAGAUGAACAUGCAGGUCUGUUAGCCCCAGGAUCUAGGAAACCCUAUAACUUAGAACCGCCAGGAUUUGACUCGUCGUCCAUAAGUUCUGAUCCGGAGAGUGUGGACGACAUAUGGAGCAUUAAUGAUGAUCAGAAGGAAUAUUAUAUAGCACAGUUCAAAACAAUGCAGCCAGACCUUAAUAAGACUAUUACAGGUGCUGUUGCAAAAGAAUUUUUCGAGAAGUCAAAAUUACAAGUACAUGAAUUAUCUAAAAUAUGGCAGUUGUCUGACCUGAACAGAGAUGGAGAGUUAUCAUUAGAUGAAUUCUGUAUUGCUAUGCAUUUAGUGGUCCUAAGGAGACACGAUAUAGAAAUACCAGAUAGACUGCCAUUUUCUCUGAUGCCAUAUACCUCAUUUACAAAUGAGGAACCCUUUGCUGUUGAUCAUCCGUCAGGGGGUACUCUCAAGAGAGCCACGCCCCCAGACACGCCCCCUUCUCACCCCCAGUCUAUAAGUGAGUCCCUGGAGCCUACAGGACAGGACGCCUCCUCGGAUACCGCCAGUGAUAUAGCUUCCCCCAGUGUCAAACCACUCAACUUUGCCUCAAUACCAGUGUCAGAGUCGGAUAAGAUUGUACAUCCAAUCGCCAAGAGAGUCUCCCCAGACCAUCAUUCCGAGCGAGGACGGGCAUUCUCAGGUACGUCUACUCCUGCACCUCCCCAUAUCGACCAAUCAGAAUCCAGCAAAAAAAAUCUCAAAGCCAAAACUGAAUCCAAGCUCAAUUCCUCUCAGAAUGACAUAGAUCUCCUAACCAGGGAGGAGGAAGUGUUUACUGGAACUGUCCCUCCCGUUCCACCCCCUGUGUCCAGUCGACCGCGACCGGUACCACCAAAGAGCCUGGGUCCAGUUCCAGGUAAUGUGAGUGGACUCCUACUCCCUGCCCCCACCUCUAGUCACGGUGAUAACACAGAUGGCGGUGCAGAACAGGAACCACCUGUCCCCCCACCACGACCCCAGGGGAGAAGCUUGUCUAUGGAUGCUAGCAAAGGUCUUUCGACACCCCCAGCGGUUCCACCCAGGGCAUCUCCCAAAGACAGCCCUGCAGCCAGAAAGUCGGGUGAAGUCUCCUUCAGUGCAAUAAAUUCCAAGUUUCACGAGUUCAAGAGGUUCGAAUCCAUUCCAUCAGAAGAGUCACUCAACAAGAUGUCUGGGCUGGAUACUACAGAUUCUACCAAUUACAAGGGACCUGUGCAAACAUCUGGUCCUGAAUCUGGAGAUUCUAAUGCUGUAAAUGCCAAUGCAUCAAGGGAGUCAUCACCUCUAGUCAAGUUUGACGUCCCCGACGAUGAAGGCGGGGGUGGGGAGACUCAGGUGUCCCUGGAAAUGAAGAGGCAAUUGAGUAGAGACAAAAAAGAACUACAAAUGGCAAUUAGAACACACAAAGAGAGGAACUCCACAUUAGAGAGACUGGGAAGUGAAUUGAACCAGGAACUUCAGGAAGUGAUGGAACAGCGGAUAGCAUUAGAGAUUCAGUUGGAACACUUAAAGCCUUUCUCUAGCUGAGGACGUGAACGGAGUUAUGUUAAAAUCUAGUCGACAUCGUAUGGUGUUCCAGUGAUCAAAAUCAUUCCGCGUGUUCUCUCUAGGAAAAAUCCAUAUUCCCAAAGGAUGGUUGAUUGGGGCAUUUGGGCGGUCACUACAUUAAAAGAUAAUUCUUUUCUUUGUGGUUCGAAAAUGUUACAGCCUUCAGAUCUCCAGAGCAUGGAGAGAAUAAGUAGAUUUAAAUUUCAAAAGAAACAAUUGUCUGAUUUUAGAAGAAGAAAUAAUUGUGUUCUUUUUUUGGCAUCAAUUGCUUUGUAAUCUCAUACAGUUUUGUUUUGGUUUCCUCUGCCUUUUCACAAAAAUUUUAACGAGAGAAAAUUUCCUCAAUGAAAACCGUGGCAGUUGGGGAAACCCUCAUAAGAUAUGUUACAAGUGCUAUAUGUUUAACUUCAUGAAUUUGGUGCAUUCUCUUACUACUGAUUUAAUCUCAUUUCAGCAGCAUUUCACAUUGUAAUCUCAUCAUCCAACUAAGAGAACAAAUUCUUUGCUAUCAGCGGAGUUUGAAAGUUUUAAAAAUGCUUUUUCUUCCAUUUUAAUAUUGAAAGAUUUGUCCAUAUUUAUAACUUUCUGCCUCCUUAUAACUUUAGCUUAAAAAGAUAUUUAUAUAUGAUAUGAGAGCAAAAAAGCAAUAUUUUAUUUUCAUUCAUCAUAGAAAUUUACUCUGAAUUCAUAUCUGAAUAUCAAUACUUUUAUACCAUACAUUCAUUACUUGCUACAUGUUAAAUAGCGAGUGCGAUGGAAUGGUUCCUCCCCUUACCAAUACUGCUACGUGUUUAAUAGUAAGUAUGAUGGAAUAGUUUAUCCUCCAUUCCAUACGUACAUUACUGCUACAUGUUUAAUAGCGAGUAUGGUGGAACGGUUUAUCCCCCGUUCUGUACAUACAUUACUGCUACAUGUUUUACGGCUAGCAUGACAGAAUCGUUCGUUCCCCCCUUACUUUUCCUGAUAGCCAAACCCUAUCCUUCCGAUAACAAUGCAAUAUGUCUGUUCUCUGGGUAGCAGCUGUGUUUGUUAUGUGUGUAGAGAGGAGAACACUUUAUUUUCCUAUAUAGUCUCUAUGAGAGGACUAGUUAAUAUCAGAUGUCUGGAUUCUGUUGCAUUAUAGGGUAAUAGUUUUAUUUACAGCAUCAUUGUUUUAUAUUAGUCAUUAAAUGUUGGUCAGACAGUGCAAUUCUUCUAUUAUUUUGAUUGAUUGGAAGGCGUACAAUACAUAUAUAUGACAUACUCAUAUGUUAUCAGUGAUAUGAUAAAUGCUUGAAAAAUAUUAAAGUUCUUAAAAGGGAAAGGUUCAUAAUAUUGUUUGUUUAUUAUAAGUUAAGUUGGCAUGAAUUAUAACUAGUCAUCUAUAUACAUGUACCACAGAUAUGCCAAUAACUUUAGUAUCAUAUUCAGAGGUGCAUUCUUAAUGUUAUUUAUCUAUUAGUGAUAUAUAAUGUAUUUAAACAUAUUCUGAUAUACACCUACAAAAAUUGUCAUUAAUUCAGAGUGAGAAAAUUUUGUAUUAAGAUUUUUUUUUUUAAUUGCAAAAUUAUGUGGUCAAAGAGAGAUAACUUUGAUUUUGAAGAAGACUGCAUAGCAAAUUAUUUUUUUUUUCAAUUUUAAUAGUGAUGCAUGCGUGAAUACAUUCCUAUGCUUAAAAGACACUUUGAGUAAUUCUGCUUUUUUUUUCCCUAAUAAAUAAAAUUAUUCUGUAGUGAAAUAUGCUUUCUGCAAAGUGCUAGGAUGAAAAAUUUUGAUUCAUUAUGAACAUAAUUCUUUAUAUCAAUUAUUUGUUUGUUUUGAAAUCACUCCCUUUAAGCAUGAAUUCAUUAUACAUGUUCACUAUAACCAUGUUUUACUGUAUUUGGUUGAUGUUUACCAUAGUAAUUAAUUAUGAUAUGAAGAUUUUGUCACUGACAUAGAUUACACACACUGCUGUAUAUUUUCCGAAUCUAAAAAUCAAAUGUGCGAAUUCUAGUAAAGAUUGUUAAAUGGUACUCUAUUUUAUUUAAAAACAAAAAAAAAAUACAUUAAUUCAAAUCUGUUCAAAGGGAAUCCCCUCAGUAGAAUUUAUUAGGAUUGCUGUUAAUUAGAAAGCAUCUGGUGUAUAAAUUUCUGGGUUGUGAAGCAUGUAAAUAAGGCAAUUAUAACUUAUAGAAGGCAUUAUACUCAGAACAUUAGCUUGAGAUGUCAGAGAGGGUAAAAUACCAAACUCAAAUUCAAUUUUAGACUGACAACAGAUGUUUCAAUAAUGUUAAACAUUAUCUCUGGAUUUAAUCUCAUGUAGAUAUAUAUUUUUCUUUGCUUUACAAAUUCAGUGUGAUUGUUUAAUUUCUAAAGUGUUUUUGUGGGAGAGGGGAUGUUUUUAAAAGUUGACUUUAAAAAAAAAACUUUUGCUUCUAUUUGAGACAAAAGCUUGAUUUUGUUUUUGUUAAAUGAUAUGCAUAGAAUUAGCAUAAUUAAGAUAUACUGUUUAAAGUUGUUAGGUGAUGCUGUAGAAGUAAACUGUGUGAUACUUUGUAUGAGCCGUUGAAUGCUUGUCAAGAGACAAUGAGAAAUAAGUUACACCUCUGUCUGAAUUUUGUCGCCAUAAUUACUUGUUUCUUUUCGUUUUUUUUUCUAGAGUGUUUAUAGAUAAGACUGCAGACUGAGUGAAUGUUUUAAAAUGUAUGUAACUUAACAUGUAACAAGUUAAAUAAAAUUAUGUAAACAUU